UAGACCGUGUAUAUAAAUACGCUAUGAAAUGCACCGAGGUAAAUGUGGAAUAAAACUUCCGCAUUCAAUACAUUAGGAUAUUUCACAAAAUGGUUUCAGAUGAGUUGUCGUGCGACUGUUCCUCUGACGUAAGAGUAGGAAUUGGAAUCGGGAUCGGCAUUGUUCUGGGAUUAGAUAUCGUCUUCUUGGCGCUUGUUUUUGGAUUCUUGUAUAGGAGACGCACAAGAAAACAAAACAUAGAAAAACAAGAGACCACAAAUCCAAGCUUUGUUACGGCAGAAGUUCCUCCUGUAAACACAUCACAUUUACAAAAGCGAGGAGAAAAAGCUGUGUUAAAUCAAGAUUUAGAAAGUAAAACUAUAUCCAGCGACACUGAACAUAAGCCUUCAGUCUCCGAGUCUAAAGCUCAAACCGAACCGAGUAAAACUUUACCCACUAUGCUUUUGGAGAAGGAUGACGGUCCCCGAACAUCAAUGGACCAUAUGAUUAUGGGCGACUUGGGAUUUGGGGGACGUAUUUAACAAGUAAAGCUAACCUUAGGUAGAUGUGUACAUGUAUUAUAUUUAUUGUAUUUUCUUGUUAUCUUCAGCUAUUUGCUAUCAAAGCUAGCAUACAUAUUCGCAACUAUCAAACGGGAUCAUCAGAAAUUACACUUUUAAUUUAGGUAUGUUCAAUUAUUACAGCAUUUGCACAGUUUAAAAUCUUACGUAUAUUCCAUAGUUCAAUCUAUUUGAACUCAUUCACAGAAAGAAUUCCUUCACUGUCUGACUUUGAACAGAGUAAUUUCGGUCUUAAGAAAUUAAAACCCUCGCUCUUCAGGCUGAUUAUCCUACUAAUUUGUCUACCUAUGGAGCAAUUUUGGGAAACGAGAAUUACCUUGAGUACAAUACAGAAUUUCUACUCAUUAUUGUCCUACUAAAAUUUGAUAAUAAAGAAUUCAAUAUUUUGUCUCUUUCGUUGGGUAGAACGAUGUUUUCUUUUAAAAGAUGUUGUUGACUACUACCGAAACGAUUGAAACUAUAUGUAAGGCAUCUUAAUGGACCAAGUUAAUUCUAUGUUUACUUUGUGUAUGAUACAAAAGUCACAUGUAUUACUUUUGAUUCAUUGUGUACAAGUGUAACCAAGCAAUAUAUUAUACUCCUGAUGAAGAACAAUCAAAUCAGUUUUGUGGUGAUUUUAUUGUGCUACUGUUUGUAUAGAUUUUUCAGGACAACCUGUCCUUUCUUCUGGACGACAGAGUAUAUUUACAUAGAAAUGAAGACUAAAUAAAUAAAAUAAAAAUGCUAACUAACACUAAAACUAAACUAAUAUUCUGUCGUCCUGAAGAAGGCACGAGUCGUCUCGAAAAUUUGACAUUUUCAUAUUGUCGUUGGUCAAUUUAGUACUUUAUAUAUCCUUAUCUAUUGGACCUCGUAUCUAUAUUUAGAUCUGACACUUUGGAUACUGAGUAGCCUUGGUUUAUAUAUAUAUAUAUAUAUAUAUAUAUAUAUAUAUAUAUAUAUAAUCCAAAAUAUAAGUAAAUAUCCACAUAUAAUAAAGAAAAAUUAGAACGCCGAAAAUAACUUCACCGGUUUCAUUUUCAAUGUUAACUCUUGAAAUUGUGUAUAUAUAUAU